AUGGCUGAGAGGAGUUUAUGGAGGACAGGAAAAUAUUGCAAGGACCCUACACAUCUGCAGCCUCAGGAGACUAUUCAAGAGAUCAGCAAAGCAUGGAAGGAGAUCUCUAAUGCCAAAGCUGCUCUGAGGCAUAUUGAAAAUAAGCUGGAUGUGGCCCCCACAAGCAGCGUCAUUUUUGAUCCCAUCAUGGAUGCCAGGAAGCCAGUUGGUGCUACUCGAAAAAAUAAGUAGGAAGGAUGGACGAUAUCUUGAGGAUACAAAUAGUCACCCAAGCAAGUGUUCCCGCCCUAGAAAACCCAUCAGAGAAAAGUCCUCUCGCAGUCCGCUGCGUGUCACUACUCUGGAGAGC